UUGUAAAUGAAAACAGUUUCAAAAAUUAUGUGAGAUAUAAAGUUUAGUGUUUGAGUUUAUUUCCCAAGAUACGAACAGAUAGCAGCAUCUAGCAGCAUCUUGCAGCAGCUUAUAGUGCUUGUACUCUAGAGACUUUGAAGCAAGUCGUGGCGCCUGAUAACCUAAAUUGUCAAAACAAAGCAUUCGUAAACAACACAGUUUUAAUGUAUCACGUUUUUGCAAAGAGGAAAAAGUAUUCCGAAAUGUUGGAACCAAUUUUAGCUGAAGAUAGCACGUUUAUGAAAUUGGCGCCUUCGUUAAGUGGAAUAUUGAAGUAUUUAGACGAACACGCUACACAUCAUGAUUAUAUGGUUGCUCUCCUAAUAGUUCUGUUAGCAGAAUCUGGUUUUUACUUACCGUCAACAGACAGUGAUAAUUUACAACGCCCAAAUCUGAGGUCUCUUAGAAUACCGAAAGAUUGGAAAUCACAGGAGACAGGGAUCUAUGAAAUGUAUUUUCAGUUACAAAAUGUCCAAAACAUAAACUGCAAACUCAUUGUGGUCCCUUUAGGUGACGUUUUAGUACUGAACUUCUUCCCUCUUACACAGGGAAAAGUAACUUAUACUAUGAGCAUUCGAACUCUGAAAUAUGUUAACCCUUAUUCGAGCGAUCUGUGUGGAAGGUACAUCCAUCUAAAAGCCAUGUCCCACAGGUUUAAAAACGAAUUGUCUACUCCAGUGAGAUCAGAUGUUUUAUACGAGGCUAAAGUGAUGGGUCCUAGUCUUCAAGCGCUUCCAACAGAGUUGAAAAUCAAAAUUUUUGUCAUGUUAGAUUUCUAUAGCUUGAUACGUAUCGCACGAUGUAAUUCACACUUUUAUGAAGUUUAUAAACAGGCGAGAGUAAGGAGACUUAAAACAAAAAGUGGUUAAGAAGUAUUUUAUACGAAACCCUUAAAUUUAGAUUGUGUAAUCUAAUUGUAAGAUCAUGUAAAAUAAGUGUAAGAAAUGAUGUUAUACAUACCUAUUACACUGUAUAUAGCAUUGGAAAUCGUAUAAUAAAACUUAUGAUUUUAAAAUAA